GUGAUCAUAGAACACUAAACCGAAAUAUAGGCCCUACAUCUACCCGUUGGGAUCAGAUUUGUCCAUUGCACUUAACUUUCGAUCAAGCUCAAUCACACAAAUCGGUGAAAUUCGUACGAAGUAUCAUACAAGUUCGGAUUGGACCCAUUAGUACAUCCUCCCAGCACCCCUCAAUCCCACAAAUGGAGAACCGCUGCCACACCCAAAAUCGCCCAAUUGCGCGACUCAUGUAACCAAGUGUUUUCUAAUUUGCUGCAGAGUGCCAAAUUUUUCUUUCUGGCCCGGGCGGGACCCUGCCCCGCCGGUCAGUGGAUCGGUCCGUCGGAUGGACGGACCCCGUAUGGGGCGCGAUUGUUGGUUGUGUUCGCUCAUGUGGGGAAAUUGUUGAUCGAUGUGCGAAAAUUAUGCCCUAUCUGUAUAAAUUGUUCGCACCUGAUCACCAUCUGCGUCAGUUGUGCUCGAACAAGAAACAGUUCCGGACCCGGUGUUUCCCCCCGUACCAUCAUCAUCAUCAUCAAAACGCGCUGUUUACAGUUGUUAAAAACGGAGAGAAAGAGCUCGAAGAACCGAGAAUCCACCAAAAUGCAGCGUUCCAGUGUGCAAUCGUCGUCGUCUUCGCUGUUGGUGGCGUUGGUGUUCUUGCUGAUCGGGGCAGCUCUCCCGGUGAAAUCGCUGGAUGUGUUCAAAGAAUGUGCCGGUGCGAAAAGUUCCGUUUCCUGUUUCGGGUCCAAGAUGGUGCAAAGUGGGUUGAAGCGGUUGUCCAGUGAAAAGUCGCUGCAACUGUUCCCGGGUGUGGAUAUUGUUGAGGCACCGGUGGACAGCAACGAGCCCGAGGGCGCUCGGUCGUACACCGAUAAGGAGGAUUCGAGUGUGUUGGGGCGCAUCGCUCGGUAUCUGAGCAGCCACGAGAUGAAAAUUAACUUCGGCGAGUUGGCGCGUAAAAGUAACUUCCAGAAUGCGAUCGGAUCGAUGGUGCGAAAUGUCCAGGAUGAUAUGCUAGGCGAAAUGGCAGAAGCCCGCAAAAAGGACAAGGGAGGCCUCGGAAUGAUCCUGCUGAUGAAGGUGAUGAUGAGCAAAAUGCUGGGAGCGCUCGGAUUCGGUGCUGUGGCAGCGCUGGCCAUGAAGGCCCUCGGCGUUUCGAUGAUGGCCCUGGUGAUGGCUGGCGUGAUCGGGCUGAAGAAACUGGCCGAUGGAGGCGGUGACAACAAGGGACGCCAGAACUACGACGCCGAUAUCCAGGUGCUGGAUGGUGGCUACGGAGGAGACCAUUACGACCGGGUGGAUUCCUCGGCCGUUCAACGACGACGACGACGACGCUCGCCGAGUUUGGCGCCCUACCGAGGAUGGACUGAGGAGGAGAAGCAUGAAUAAACGAGGGGACGACGGGUGGGGUCCGGUGAAAUAGAGGCUGAAACGACAUUUGUUAGUGUUGAGAAUUACUGAAAACCAAUAGUUGAAAUUGGUUAUUUAUUUAUUUAUUGUUAUUUAUUAUAAAAAGACAGACGCUUCUAAAUAAACGAAUUACUUACUGAACAUGCUUUAUUUUGUUUUUUGCUUCUGACCUCUUGCUUUUUUGUUUCUCACUGUUUGCUUAUUGAUUCUUAAUUUAUGGUUCUUGAUGUAUUC